AUGGCUAAACUACUGCAAAGCAUUCACACAAAAUGUUGCUCGUUCCCGCAGCGGCUGGCUGUUCCACUUGUGAAUGUGCAUGUGCACAGUCUCGAUUUAAGGCCCAUGCCUCAGGAUGUGAAACAAGUUUAUAAAGAUUUUUUCAAAAUGAUCAAAAAAAGACUGAAUUGGAGUGAUAUCAUAUCGCAUCAGGCUCUCACAAGAAUAGUCAAGGGAAAAGGGACUUUGAGAUAUCCUUGUGUCAUGUUCACCACUGUUGAGGAAUUUCCGUAUGGUAAUGAGAUGCCACUGGCGCAAAAAGUGCUUUUCGCCCUCUACGGUAUGCUGCAAUACUGGUGGAGG